AUGUCAUCCAGUACAUUCAUAGACACUACUGAAGAUAAAGAUGAUCAGUUAAUUAUUAUUGUCAAUGCUGAUGGAACUAUUACAGUUGACCCUGAAACUUUGCAAAAGUUAAUUGCCAAUCAACAUGGUGGUAAUUUAAGUGUAGUGAGAGUUGGAGAUAAUCUCUCACCUGAAGACUCUCAAGAAGAUGGAGAUGGGGAUGGAGGAGGGCCUCACGUCAACCUUACUGUCGAGGGAUUCUAUCCUGAACCGACAGAAUCAGAAAUACUUCAGCCUGAUGGAGUCGAUGGAAGCAGUGAGGUGGUGGAUCCUUUUUCACAAAUGGAGCCCGAGCACAUUGCUAGGCUUGAAUCUGUCCUUCAGUCUGAGCAAGCUAAAGAAAUUUUAGGAACUAAUCUAGUCGAAGAUAAUAACCUAAAUUCUGUAUUAGAUAUCUUGGAAGGGAAAGAUGAGGUAUCACCGUCUGUUGUUCAUAAUGACCAUAGUUAUACUUCAGCUAUCCCCGCAUAUCAGCAACCUCAGGCGCAGGUACAGAACCAACCUGCACAGGCUCAGCCACCAUCUCAUCAUCGGCCUCUCACUAGGGGUGGACGUAGCCGUGGAAGGGGUCGAGGCUUAAUGACAAGGGGUGGCAGAGGAGGCAAUGCAGUCGUCCACCAAGUGGUGGUUCCUUCAAGCCCUGUUACCCAGAGUCCAGUGAAGGUGAUCCAAGCGUCGCCGCAAAAAACCUUUGUUGUUGCUUCGCCAUCCCAUCCUCGUGUUAUCGCACAAACCAUUAACAGUGAGGAAGAACAGACUCCUAAGGUAAUACAUAGGAGAACUAUACUAACUAAACUUCCUCAAACACCAACGCAGCUGAAGCAGCAAACCCUACAUCAGGCCCUCCAUACAUCUACACCUAUCAGUAUUGCACAAGAUACUGGAGGAACUCCAACCUUAAUAACCUCUACACCGAUUGUUAUUCAAAGAAAGGUACCUAUAACGAGAGGCGGUCGAGGAGGCAGAGGUGGUAGAGGAGGUAGAGGUAGGAGGAGUAAUAUCGCCAGCGGCGAUGAAGUCAGCGCUGCGCUUCAAGCAAUGGAAUUGACACCACCUCAGUCCCAACCCACUCAAUCACCUAUACUAGCAUCUCCUGCUAAGCCACAAUCAACAUCACAACCUCAGGUGGAACAGGAAGUGCUGACAGUUAAGAAAAAACCAGCCAUGCCAACUGUGAUAAUACGUAAAAUUGGUACUAAAUCGGAGAUAAUUUCUACCUCUGGAAAGAGUAAUAAAGUGAGGCUUCAUUCCGAAGAGAACAGCCCUGAGCAGUACGCUAUCAUUCAACCUCAGCAGCAACCUGAGGGCAAUAAGACGGUGAAGCAGGUACUAGCUCCGAAGGCUGUUGAACCCACAACACCCACCCGUGUAGCCGCCAAGGAGUUGGUGACGAAUGAAGACCCCUCAUCAAAAAAGAAAAAGGAAAAAAAGGCAGUGUUAGCUUCACCGCCGGCUGAAGCGCUAGGUCCUGAGCUCUUUUCGACGCCGGAUAUCAUCCGAAGAGUUAGCACAGAUAAGCCUGCCGAUGGUUCCGCUCCACAAACACCAACACAGGUUGAACCAAAAGUUCAGGUGCAACCUACCCAUCCGCCCUUCAAGCCUAUAAUCAAUUGUGAUGAAAUGACACCCGAAAGUUUGCUAGAUUCAAUUCAUGCAGAAGUAGCAGCAAAAGAUGAUUCCCGAUUGAUUGCCGAAGCAUUAUUACUUGACGAUCUUACCAAUGAUGAUUCUCAGUCAAUGUCAUAUCCUGGCAAGGAAAAGUCAGAUCCUGCUAGAACUCCUGGCUCUGCUACAUCACAACCUCAACAACAAAUGCAACAAUCCCAGACGCAAAAUCAAAUUUCUGUUGAUGCUCAGACUCCUAGGAUUAGGAAAUUGCCUCCAAUCGAACUUCCCACAACAAGAUCUGCAACUAAAAAAGCUGCUGCUCAACAGCCGAAUUCAGUUCAGCAACAGAAUCAGCAGCAGCAGCAGCAACAACAACAAUCUAGGAAUGCGCAUUCACAAAGAGAAAAGAGGCAGCAAGUAAGUGGAGCUGUUUCUGAAAAGAGGCAUUCAACUGAAGCAAAGAAAGUCACCGAAAGAGAAAAGAAAGUUCCAAUCAAAGAAGACUUUGUUUCUGAUUUCGAGGAUGAAGAAGCCGAAACUGAUGAAGAGAGUUGGAAUUCCGAGGACGAUCCUGACAGGCUGUGGUGUAUUUGUAAAAAGCCUCAUAAUAACAGGUUUAUGAUAUGCUGUGAUGGGUGUGAAGAAUGGUUCCAUGGAAAAUGUGUCGGAAUUACUAAAGCUCUUGGUCAGCAAAUGGAAUCGAAGGGCAUUGAAUGGUCUUGCCCUAAUUGUGCUCAAGCAAAAGCGCAAAAUAACAAAAAAGCUCAAGAAAUUUCUAAACCUGCAACAACACCACCUUCUGCUAAGUUAUCAUCUGGUCAACAGACAAUUUCAUCUUUAGAAUGCAUUGUUUGUAAAAAACCUGCUAAAGUGGAUUCAAAUUACUGCACGGAUUUAUGUGUGAGAAAACAUGCUUUAACAAUGCUUGCCCUCUUAAAGAAAGAAACAGACGGUCUUCAACUUUCCUCAAGAGUCGUCGUAUACGAGAAAAAAAGUGGGAAGCUUCUUGCCGGUAAUGCAGCACCUACUGUUCAGAUACUUGCUGAUUGGUUGCUUGAACAUCAAACCUAUGAAAUCGCUAAACCGAGUGUUCUCCCUCCGAAUAAAUUCUACAAGAAGCCUGCCCAGGCCCAGUCGCCUGAAGGUGCUCAGCAGAAACAGUCUAUACCUUCUAAGCAAAUCCAACAGCAGCAAGAAUCGGCUCCAUCUAAACCGCAGCAACCGACGGCAGCUAAGCAACAAGUAACUCAGGCGAAGCCAAUCCAACCGAAAGCUUCCAAUCAAUUGAAACAACAGCAGCCGCCUCAAACGAAGCAAGUACAGCAACAGCAACCUCCUCAAGCCAAACAACAACCAGCUCAAACUAAACAGCCGCAGCAGCAACCUUCACAAAUUCAAGUUAAGCCGCAGCAAUCUGCAAAGCUAACACAACCAGCAAAACCGUCAGUUAUUAAACAGGGUGGAAAUGAAAAAGGUGGAAAUUUAAAGCAAUCAGUUCUCACUCAAAAAAUAACCGCAUCUGGCACCAAAGAAAUCGGAUUUGCCCCAAAGCCAUCGGCACCUCAUAAGAUUCAGAUUAUCCAGGCUCAACCCAUGACUGUGCAGCAGCCAAUAACCAAAGGGAAAGGAAAAGAAGAAGAUGAAAGCAAACCUAAAAAGUCAGCAGCGAAAAUUGUUGCACAAUCUCCUGCAGAACCUGUUGGUAAACGUCCUUCUGUCGACAGUAAAAAACCUAUUGAGAGGUCAUCAUCCAAAGAAGAUAAACGUAGGGAUUCAGUUAGUAGUACGAAGGACAAAGAUGAAAAGAAGAAAGAAGAAAAGAAAAAAAGGAAAGAUUCUACCAGCGAAACCGCAAAGCCCCCUGAAGAAACUGCACCUGCUCCAUCUACCCAGUCUGUGGAACCAGUCAGAGCGAAUGUAAAAAGAACCCUUCAAGAACUAUUGAAUCAAAGGGUGAAACAAGACGACUCUGUCAACAUCUCCAAUGAUGAGAUUAAAGAACUAGUCACUUCUAUCGAGGAAGAGCUGUUUGCCCUUUUUAAAGACACUGGGACCAAGUACAAAUCAAAAUAUAGAAGCCUCGUUUUCAAUAUUAAAGAUCCUAAGAAUUUAACUCUGUACAAAAAAAUUGUUGAGAAAUCAAUCAGCCCUACCCAGUUAGUGAGGUUGUCUCCUGAAGAACUUGCCUCCCAGGAGCUUGCGCAAUGGCGUGAAAAAGAAGCCAAGCAUCAGCUAGAGAUAAUAAAAAAAAAUGAACUAGAUUUGAUUCAUCAAGCCAAAACUGUUGUCCUGAAAAGUCGGAAAGGGGAAGAAGUUAUUGAAACUAAAGCAAUCAAUAUAUCCGAGUUGGAAUCAGCUCUUAACCGUACAGCAGAUGAUUAUGAACUUGAGAAAACUAUGGCUUCGGAAACUAAAGAAGAGGAAAAGUCACCAGAAAAGAAAAAUGACAAAAAGAAAGAAGAGCAUUCUUCGAGGUCGAGUGACAGGAAAAAGAAAAAGGAAGAUAGAAAUCGAAGGGAUAGGAGCAGGUCAAGAAGGCGAUCGAGAUCCAGAAGCCGUGACCGAGAUAAGAAGAGGAAAGAAAAAGAUGAAAAGCCUAAAGAGAAAGAAAAGGAUAAGCGGGAUGACAAAGCCGAGGAAACCCUGAAGGAAAUUGAGGAGGUUAUAUCACAGCACAUAUCAAUUCCACCACCACCUCCAUCCCAACCUGAUAGUGACCUUUCUGAUCGUGAACCGUCUUCGACGGUCAACAUUUCUACUCCUCCUUUGGAAGAAGAAAAACCGCCCGUCUGGAGAGGAAUUCUCAACAUGUCGGAGGUCACAAAGCUCUAUACAAGUGCUUAUGAGGUAUCUGGGAGCUGCGAAGACUUGGGCGAGGAACUGUCUGAUCAGCUAGACUGUGUGGGAAGGAUUCAACCAGAUUCUGUUUGGGAAUAUGUUUCUCGAAUGAAGAAGGCAGGCACAAAGGACAUCAUCGUUAUCAGGUUCCAUUCUGAAGCAGAAGAAGAGAAGAUGAAUUACCUUUCCUUAUAUUCUUACCUAAACAGCAGAAAUCGAAUGGCGGUAAUUGGCCAAGUUUCCAAAACUGUCAAAGACUUCUAUGUCCUCCCUCUUGCGAGUCACAGUCCAAUACCUCAGGUUCUUCUUCCUUUGGAUGGUCCCGGCUUUGAUGAUUAUCGAACUCAUCUCCUUCUUGGCAUCAUCAUCCGAACAAAGAAGGGAUCCACUUCUAGCUUAGCAUUGUCAAGCAGAAGUAAGAAAUCAUCAACCUUGGUUUCCAGCAGUAAUAACAAAUUAGAAAGAUCUUAUACUCCUCCACUUCCUGCCGAUGGUGGUACUCCUCCAACAACACCGCCUCCUCUUCCUCCAUUUUCGAAACCUUACUCACAUCCUCCAGGACUCACCCCUCCCCUGCCAGAUGAUGAUGAACCUUAUAGUCCUGGAGAGGAUGAUUUGUAUUCUCCAGAGGACAAUCAAGCAGAAGCUAUUCUAGUCAAUCCUGAAAUUCAGCGGAAUUUGGAAGAAGUCAAUCGGAUGAUCGAACAAAAAAGGCAGCAGAUACAGAGCAUUGCUCAAGCUGCAGCCGGUAGUCAGGUUCCAGUGGCUAUGGAUGAAGAAGCACCAUAUAGCCCAUCUUCUUCAUUUACUCCACCAAGACAAGGGUCUGAAGCAAUUCCCUUUCUGGAUACUAAUGAGAUUAAGCUUCCUCCAAAUCUUCAAGAUAUUCUUGCAUCUAUAAAGGGAACUCCUACUAUGGAUGUCAAGUCAGAUCCUAUUGUAAAAGCUUAUACCAGCCAAGCCUUUUAUGAAGAAGAAGAAGAAGACUCGAAGGAAGAAGAGAAAGACGUUAAAAGUGAACGUACCAGUAGGGAUCCCCGCCAGCGACCUGAUCCUCCUAAACCGAAGUCUGCCUUAUCACAACUUUCUGAUUCAGAACUAAUAAGGAAAGCAGCAGAAAUGGAAUCAGAAGAAAAGAAAGAAUUUAAACAGCCAACAUAUUUUUAUGCCGCACCUCCACCUGUACCCGUAGCUGUAGCCCCUCAGCCUAUCUACCCACCUCCUCCUACGCAUUAUAAAUUUCCUCCGGCUCCUGCUCCGCCUCCUCCUCCUCCUCCUGUAGUUGAUAAAGAGAGGAAAAGGAAGGAAAAGUUUAAGGAAAGGAGACCACCACCUCCACCAAUAUCCCAUCCUCCUAGAAGAAAAUGGGAUAAUGGACAUCAUAACAGAGGAAUGAUGCAACAUAGACCACCAAUACGAGGAAAUCGACCUCCAAGAUUCAGAGGAGGAUUUGACCGUGGCCGAGGUGGGUUUCGAGGAGGUGGUGGUGGCUUUAGGCCUCCGCGGGGAGGAGGUGGUCCCCCUCCACGAUUUAGAGGAACACACGGCCGUGAUAGAAAUGUACAAUCUGAAUGGGAUGAAGAAAUUAGAAAUUUUGAGCAACGUAAGGCUCGUGAAAGGAAACGAAGGGCAAGCAGAACACCAUCACCAAGAAGACGGUCACUUUCCCCACCUAGAAGACGAUCUCGUAGAGCCUCUUCAAAUAGUAGUUAA